AUCUAUCCUCUCCUUUGCUGUUUUUAGUACCCUCGGUGGAUAGCCUCUCCUAAGCAGCCGUCUCUCCAGUUCUUCAGCUUGUCGCUCAAACAAGACUGGGUCAUUAUUACUCCUCUUCAGACGGAUCAUUGAUGUAUAAAGCCAGAAGAAGCUUUCUGGGAAGAAGAUCAGUUUGUCUUGUUUCUUUUUACCCUCAAAUAUGAAGACUAAACCAAGAUCAACAAGACGAAGAUUGGAAAUCGACCUGGAGGAAGAGGAGAGUCCGGAACAGCAAACUUCCAGCGAGGAAGAUAAUGAUAAGUGCUAUGUGUAUAAGGAGAAGAGUAAGAGCCAAGAGCCGGGUGACAGCGGCAAUCGGAAGAAGAGACAGUCAUCCCAGGGGAAGGAGCACAGCGUCCGCAGACUAGAGAGCAAUGAACGGGAGAGGCAGCGGAUGCAUAAGCUCAACAACGCUUUCCAGGCUCUAAGAGAAGUCAUUCCACAUGUGAGAGCAGAGAAGAAAUUGUCCAAAAUCGAAACACUUACCUUGGCCAAAAACUACAUAAACACAUUAACAGCCACUAUACUGAAUAUGUCCAGUGGACGCUUGCCUGAUGUCCAGGACACUGAUACAGGGGGUGGCGGGAAACUCUAUCAACAUUACCAGCAGCAACACGGAGAGGAGGACAAUGACGAACACUUAGAAAAAUACUCUACCCAAAUCCACAGCUUUCGGCAAGGAAGUUGAUGUCAAACCCAAAGAAUAUUUUUUUAACUUAGUAAUUGUCAUCCUGAAGAAAUACACAAGACUGUGUUGUCCUAUGACAAUAAUGUAUGAUACAAAAUAUUCCAUACUAAAACCAGUCAUCUGCACUUUAUUGUCCUGACCAUGAUCAACAAUGGCGGAUAACUGGAUUUAGGAAGGAAUUUGGGGGGUGGGGGAUUGUAGAAGGUGAAUGCUAUGUAAAUGAUUAAAUUAUGGGGUCACAAUAAUAUGUAAUGUAAUGAUCACUGGUUUUAUGUGAAAUCCUUUUAUCUUUAUCAGGUUUGUAUCAUUUUUUGUUACAAUAUCAUAACGGGCACAAAUGAUAUGCAUGCACUCAGCAAUAUUCUUUAUAUGAAGAAUUUCGGUAGGGAGGGCUUUUGUUGGCAUCCCACCGAUCCGAUGUUGGUUACCUAUCCUGAGGAUUGGUCACCAAUAGAAGUUGGGAAAACCCCUUUAAAUUAUACUUGUCGCUUAAAAACUUUUGACGUCUCUGACAUGUUGUGACAUAUUUAAAGGGCUGUCCUGCUGCAAUCGGCAAACUGCACUGGAAAAAAGUGAAAAAUCCUGAUAAAAAUACUGAGGUUAAACAUGUUGUAUAUAUAUGAUAUUUUUCUAUUAAUAUAUCUUAGACUGAGAGAUAGACUUUUAUUUCCUUGAGUAAAACUGGAGAAGUAGGUAGUUUUCUUUUUGUAGUUACUGUAGAUAUUGGGGAGUGGUAUCACUGUACAGUAAAGCACAUCCAAUAGGGAUUGUGGUGUAGAAUAAGUAGGUUCUGGAGGAAGAUGAAUAGUGAAUGCAAAACUCUACUGGCCUAGACCCUAGUGAACUUGCAGGACAGGUCCUACUAUUCACAUGUUUAAAGGGGUACUCCGCCCCUAGACAUC